CCCCUACCGGGGAUGUGUGGUAGAUGUGUAGUGUUGUUCUUGCGUGGUGCCAGCAGACUCUGGCUGGGUGCAGAGGGCUGGCAUCUGCUGGUUGCUCCUGGAGGGAGACGGCUGCUGAGGCUCCCAGGCAAACAGGACCCGGAAACACCUUCCCAGCUGGAUUCCUGCCUAAAGGACCUCCCAUCUUAAGGGAAAAUCAAAGUCAAGACAGAUUUGGACAUCUCUCCCUGGGGCAUAGACACAAUGAUUGUUCUCAGACAGCUGUCCCUGGAAGCAAAAGCUGCCAUGGCAGCAGCUGGAGUCUUCUUCUCCAUGAUGGUUUCCCGGACCUACCUGUCAGGGAACCUGGAGAUUGGGGUACGGCGCUUGCUGUUCAGGCUACAGCUUGCCCUCUUUGCCAACUCACUCAUGCUGAUUGGUUCCUUGUAUAUCUGGAGGAGCACAGUCACCCCCCUGUACCGCUCCCCUGUUGUUGAGAGGGGGUGGUUCUGGCCCUGGAAAAUGGCCAUCUUGGCCUUCCUGGGCUUGGCCCACUCUAGCUUUUUUACCACGCUCUUUCUUGUGGCAGAGGAGCCCUACCUGUUCUCCAUGGCUUCCUACUCCAGCCUUGGUGCUUACAUCAUUAUGAUCUUCUUCCUUUUCAUCCUGGGCUGCAUGGAGCAGGGUUACCAGCUCUUGGCCUGGAGGAGUGGGAGGGUCAGUGGAAGCCUUGACAAGACCAGGAAGAUGGUCCUGAAGCCCAUCCUAGCCGUUGUGGUGACAGCGGUGCUGAGUGUGGUUGGGCUCCUCAAUGCUGCUCAGCCUCCGGCGGUGAAGACCAUCCAGGUACCCAUUCACCAGCUGCCCCCAUCGAUGAACGGCCUGAAGGUCGUGCUCCUUUCGGACAUCCACCUGGGCCCCACGGUGGGCAGGACCAAGAUGGAGACGUUUGUACGGAUGGUGGAGGCCCUGGAACCGGACAUCACUGUGAUUGUGGGUGACCUCUCUGACUCCGAGGCUUCCUCCCUCCGGAUGGCCGUUGAGCCCCUCGGAAGGCUGUAUUCUCGCCUGGGCACCUACUUCGUCACAGGGAACCAUGAGUACUACACGUCCGAUGUCAGCAACUGGUUUGAGCUCCUGAAGUCCUUGAAAGUCCAGCCUCUCCAUAAUGAGAACGUGAAGAUCACUGCCUCUGGGACCACAUCAGCGACGAGUGGAGACAAUUGGAUCUGCUUGGCUGGGGUGGAUGACAUUGAGGCAGACAUCUUGCAUUACUCUGGCCAUGGCAUGGACCUGAGCAAAGCCUUGAAUGACUGUACUCCUGAGCAUGCCACCAUCUUGUUGGCUCACCAGCCCUUAGCGGCUAAGUGGGCCCUUCAGGCCAGGCCAGACAUCAACUUGAUCCUUUCUGGCCAUACCCAUGGUGGGCAGAUUUUCCCACUGAAUGUGGGUGCUUACUUGUUGAAUCCCUUCUUUGCUGGACUUUACAAAGUGGGACAGAGUACCUUUGUAUAUGUCAGUCGGGGGACAGCCUAUUAUGGGAUACCAAUGAGACUGGGGAGCCGGGCAGAAAUUACAGAGAUCAUCCUUCGUUCUCCCUGAGAGGACAGCCUUUUCCUCCGCUUCUCUGCCCUAACCCCAUCCUCCCAUCCCCAGUUCAGAGUAUUUUGUCUGCUUUAACCUGUACCGAUGAUCUACCCUCUUUGGCCUUGCAAAUAGACAGUGGGCAACUAGCUCAGUUGGAAUUUAUAUGUGUAUGAUGUAAAGAAAUUGGAUAUUUAAUUUUUUCUGUUAAGUGGAAAGGGGCAGGUUAAAUAUUUACGGGAGAAAGUAAUUUUUUCCCCUAUUUGCAAGGCUUGUAAUAUAAUUAAUUUAUAUUGAGAUUGCUAAAUUUGAAGAUGCUGUUUUUUAGGGGCAGGAAUUGUUAUAUAGAGAUCUAUAAAUGAGAGAGAAUGUAUGUAUAUACAUACACACAUACACAUGAGUGUGUGUGCUAUAUAUGUGUACAUAUAUAUAUAUAUAAUAUAAUUAUAUUUUUUUCUUGCAGGACUUUGCUUUCAGGGUUUAGCUCAAGCAGGUUUCCAAGGAUUCUUUGAUCCAGGGCCUUUUUUUUUUUUUAGAAAGAGUUAUUAUGAAGGUUUUGGUUGGGCCAAAGAGGAAAGAAAUGAUCUCCCUUUCUGGUUCCAUCCAUCUUUCUAUUAGCCACUCUGGAAAUGCACCCUCAGCGAAUACAAAGAACAAAAUUGUGGCUUCCAGUUUUCUGUUAAUGCUGACAGAACUGAAUUCUGCCAGAUAGAUAUCGAUUGCAAAAUCCUCCAAAGCACUUGUCUAAACUAAUUAACCACUAGCCGCCACCUGUCCUUGAGAGAUGUCACCUAAUUGACCUUUAUCCUUCAAGCUUUUGAAGAAAAUACAUAUAGCCUUGAGUGCUACAAUUGAAGUCUGUUAAUAAUAAUGUUGAAACAUUUGGAUAGCACUUAACAAUUUUCUCCAGUGGUUUGGCAUACCUUUCGUGGUAGAUUGGGUGAAUGGUAGUGCCCCACUUAAUAAAGGAACCUACUUUCCAAGAUUGCUUGUUAUGAGGAUAAAAUGACAUGAUAUUUGUAAUGCACUUUGCAAACCUUAAAGCACUAUAUAAAUAUUAUUAUUGUUUUACAGAAGAGGAGACUCAGAGGCAGAGAGGUUCAGUUGACUCAUACAAGGUCACACUACUGGAAAAUAGAGGCACAAUGUAAGAACUCAGGUAUAUUGACUGAUAGUGCUAGUCGCUUUCCUUGAUUUCAGGCUUCUUUGAGAAAGCUGACUGAUUUCUAUGCAGGAUUAGUAUUUGAUUUUUGAAUUUACCAGAGUAGGGAUUGAGGCUUCCUUCUUUGGGGGGGGGGGGCAUCUUUUAACAUUACUAGCACACUGAUUUAUUUUGCCUCAGGUUAAAUAUUCCAAUUGGCUCUAGGGCCCAGGAAUUGAGAAUGGAAAAGAAAUCUAGUUUCUCAGGGACAUGGCCAGCCAAGGAAGGUGAAAGACUUUUCCUUCCUUAUUCUCACUCAGCUUCCCAAUGCUUAUUGAGUUGACUUGAAUUUUGUUGUUAGCCAUUAAGUAAAUAUUUCUAGGAAUAUGAAUUCUAAGAGAACUUUUAAGAUCCUAAUUUGAAGCUGGAAGGGACCUUAGAAACUGUCUAGUCCAGUUCUUUUAUUUUACAGUUGAAGAAACAUGUCCUGAGAAGUUAACCAUCAGAGGUGGCAUUUGAACCCAAGACCUUAGACUCUAAAUCCAGGGCUCUAUCCCUAGUUUCUAUUCUGGAUAUGAAGAACUCUCCCCAGUUCUCUCUCUGAAUGAUUCUGUGCCCAUCCACAUUAGCCUCUGUCCGAUAUGAUGGCUUAAUGCCAUCUAAAUGGUAGCAAUUCUAUGCCUUCCAUUUGUGCAGCCAUGAGCUUGGAAGAGCCAACGAUUCAGUGACUUCUUCUGAGUGGGUCUUUGCCAAUGCCUACCUUUUCAGGGAACAGCAAGACUAAUAGUAAGCAUGCUGGGUGGGCUAUAUAGCCGGGUGGUCCUCUAUAGCUGGAUAUCUGAUAUCCAUUACAGAGGUGGCUUAGGCAUGGGCUCCACUGGCCCAUGGCAUCUCAUUAGGAAUGGAGGACCAAACUUUCUGGUCAGCCAAGAACUUAUUGGGCUAUAUUGAAUGAACAGCCUGGGGAUUUCCACUUACUCAUUUGUUUUCCUGUAGCUGCAAAGGGAUUGGCCCCUUGACAAAGAACAGAAAUUUACCACUAAUUGCAUGUGCUUUUGAACGGAAAUAUCUAACAUGUUUUUUUAAAACCCAUGAUCAUUUCUUGAAGGUCUAAGAUUAGAUUUCAGGUACAUAAAGGAAUAUUGAGUGGCUUCUACUGAGGAGAAUGCAACUCUCCAUGUUCUGAAUAAUGUUACUUGCAGGUGUCAAAUACUGUUUGAGUUAGUUUUAUUGUUUGGGGCUUUAUUGUUUGAUAUCUUUCUUGGCUUGUGAUGUUGACUUGCCCAAGUCUGAAAAGCUUAUUUUCUUAAUAGAAGGUCAUAGAUUUUGAGCCAGAAGAGACCUCAGAACAUCAUGAACUAUUCUACUUUAAAGCUGAGAAAACUUAAGCUGAUCAGGAUGAAAUGACUUGCCCAGUCACCCAGAUAAUUAAAUGAGAGAGCCAAGAUUCUAAACCCAGAUAUUCAGAUUUCAAAUCAGACUUCCAAUGCCACAGAAAGGCAUUUCUCCCCCCCCCCCCCCUUUCCUUUCAUCUUCCUGUUACAGUAGCACAGUUGGAAAGAGGUAUGAUCUACAAGAAUUGUUUCACAACUUUAAAUAUCCUGGAUGGGGCAGCUAGGUGGUUCAGUGGAUUGAAAGCCAGACCAAGAGAUGGGAGGUCCUAGGUUCAAAUCUGGCCUCAGACAUUUCCUAGCUGUGUGGCCCUGGGCAAGUCACUUGACCCCCAUUGCCUAGCCGUUACUGCUCUUCUGCUUUGGAACCAAGACACAGUAUUGAUUCUAAGACAAGGCAAGGGUUUAAAAAAAUAUACAUAUAUAUGUUUUCUGGGGACCAGGAAAGUUCCCUACUAGACUACUCAGUCUUCUAUGGUCUUAAGUGUUUGGGCUCUGAGCAGCUGGGCAGGGUAGAAGAGAGUGAAAACCAAGAGAGGGAGGACAAAGGAGGGAACAGAAACCAGAACUAAAAAGAAAUCUGAAGCUAGGUUGGGAAAGAGCAUCGUGUUAGCAGAAGGAAGUGUUUCAUGUCUAUGGGUUUCAGACAGUGAGAAAUAUUGGUAGGAAGAGUUUUGAGGACCAAUUAGUUGCCCAAGAAUCAGUUUGGGAGGUUAUUUUGCUCAUGCUGGAAAAGAUAGAAACAACCACUGACCUCCAGGUAGGAUACCAUCUGUGGUCUCCUGGUACUAAGAGCAUCAGACUGGGAGCCAGCUAUUGGAUGUUCACUGUGCCUCAGUUUCCUCAUCAGAUGUUAGUUUUGUUGAAUCCAAUGAAGGAAUUAUUCCUUUAAAGGCAUUUACAGUCCUAAAAUACUAUAAUCGGUUGAUCCAUUUGGGCUGUCAUCUUUUAAAUGUCUAGAAUGGUAGCCUCUAUGCUUGGCACUAAAAAUUUUUAUGUGUAGGAUAAACUCAACCUCUCCUAUGUCCUUACACAACUCAUUAUUUAAAAUGGAGAUUGGAUCUACAUAAGGAUGCAUAUAAUAUGUAAAAGUGAUUUUAGUUAGAAAUAAAUAUAUCCAUGUGAAUUUUCUUAAAGUAUUGAAGAUACUUAUAACUUAAUUAUUUUUUGGAAUUCUAGAUCUAGAAGAGGCCUUUGGGGUGAUCUUGUUUCAGAAUUCUCAUCUUACUAAAUUGAGAAAAUAAAAGCACUAAAGAGAGCAAUGUUCUUUUACAUAUAACCUCCUAUGUUGUCCUUUUCCAAGCAUGCGUGACUUAGUCUUCUAGGAGUGCUCAAUUAAUUGUGCCUCUUUAGGAACAGCUGCUAGUUGUUGACUAUUCUUAAAUUCUUGAAUCUGGGGCAGUGAGGUGGCUCAGUGAAUUGAGAGCAGGGCCUAGAGAUAGGAGGUCCUGGGUCCAAAUCUGGCUUCUCAGCUGUUUGGCCCUGGACAUGUCAUUAACCCUUACCACUCUUUCUUGGAACCAAUAAACAGUUUUGAUUCUAAGAUGGAAGCUAAAGGUUAAAAAAUGAAAAAAGUAUUCUUGAAUGAUAGCAUUUCACACAUGGGAAGGAGCACAAGGAUCCAACCCAUAGUUAAAAAGGGUUUUCCUCUACAGUGUUUAGGACGAGAGGUCACGCUAAUUCCAGUAGUUAACCCAAUGAUCUGCUCAAAAUUUCCUUAAAAAAAAAAAAAAACAAACCAAACCAAACCAAGAUUUUUUCUUUUGAGUUCCAAAUUCUUUGCCUUUCUCCAGAAAAAAGAAGGCAAGCAAUGAUACCUAUGAUGCAUGUGAAGUCAUGUAAAACAUUUCCAUAAGGCUCACUACUUCCUAAAUCUAGACAUCACGUUCUUGCCAUCUGACUUGUACAAGAUCACAGGAAUUGUGAGGGAAUCUGGUCUAACCCACACUUGAAUGAGAAUUCAUUCUCUUGUCAUCCCCAUAUGUCAAAGGAUCUUAUCUGACAUGAAGCCUUCUCUUGGAGACCUAGUGAGGAGGAACUCAUCUCCCAAGGCAGCUUUUUGAAACGAUGCUCUAUAAUUCUCAUUGUUACAACUACAUGCAUGGAUAGAUACUGGUUCUAGCCUCCAAGUGAACCAGUGGACCUAGUCGUAGGACCAAGUAGAACUAGUCCAAACCCCUUCCACAUCACAGCCUUUUCAGAUAACUUGAAGAUGGCUCUCAUUCCCUUUAUCCAAAACCCUCCAUUUAAAUACAUGCAGCUGUGAGGACUCUUAGCCAUUACUGGAGCUCCUCUCUGCCUUGUUUCUCAUUACUAACUUUUGUUCUUUUCCUCCCAAAAGGAGAAACAUUUCCCCAUUCUCUUUUAAUUUUGCUGCCUCCUUGUCCUCAUUGAGUAAUUUCCUCUUAUGGCGAUGAUUUAUCUUCCUGAGUAAGCUUUGUGACUCUGGAUAAGUCCCUUAACCCUGUUUGCCUCAGUUCCUCAUCUGCAAAAUAAGCUGGAGAUGGAAAUGGCAAACUGUUUCAGUGUCUUUGCCAAGAAAACUUUAAAUGGGGCCAUGAAGAAGAGUUGGACAUGACUGAAAACAACUGAACAGCAAAAAAUCAAGGAACCACCUUUUGUUUCUCGGUUUUCUUUCUUUUCCCUCCUCCUUUCUUCAUAUAGUAUAAGAGAAUGCAGAUGACUCAGAAGUCCCAUCUGCCAUUUUUUCCAUUAGUCCCACUUGCCUGUACUUAGCCUGUUCAGACUGGUGCCUCCAUUGUGUCUUUACAAAUGAACAGAGAAGUAUAGGAGGGUCUACUUCUGACUACAGGAAUGUCUAACAUGAACUCCUUUCCAGAAGAGCGCUCAUGAGGGAAAGGAGUGAUUACUCAUUCAUCUGGUGAGAAUCGAACCCAUCUCCAUCUUUUGACUCCUACCCAAUCCUUAAUCUUAAUGCCUUCCCUAAGACUCCCCCUGGCUUAUCCUUGGCUAUAUCUUGUUUGUAUUUGUUGUCUCCCCCUGUAGACUGAGAGCACACAUCAUGGUGCUUGGCACAUAGUAGGUACCUAACAAAUGCUUGUUGCUCAAACUGAUUCUAGGCAAUGCUUUCUCCUCUAUUUCACUGUGAAGGGUCUUUGGGGCCACCUGACCCACCCCAAUGGAUUCGAACUGUUUGGGAAACCCAAAUCUGAGGACAUUUCCUAUCUUACUCUGGAGUAUUAGCAUGGUAGCCAACAGCUGUUGGAGAGACUAAAGAAGCCAAAUACCAAAAUGUUCAUAACCAGUAGGUGGCGGUGUUUUGUAGUGAAUGGAGCUCUGCUUGGAACCAAGCUCUUGGGUUUAAAUUCCAUCUCUGUUAUUGGCUCUUCUGUGACUCCAGUUUCCUCAUCUGUGAAGUGGGAAUAACAGGAGAGAAUAGGGUUGUGAGGAUUAAGCGAGAUCAUGUAUGCAACACACUUUGCAAACCUCAAAAAGGCUCUAUAUAAAUGGAAACCAUUAUUAGGUGAUGAAUUUUUUGACCAUUGUAACCUCUUCUCAGAGUUCUCUGUUUUGCCUACAUUCUUGAUCAGUAUUUAGUGAGUGCUACUGCUGUGUAAGUAUUCUGGGGAGGGAAGGUCACAAAGGGCCCUGUCCUCAAGGAAUUUUCAUCCCAAAGACUUCCCUAAAACCUUGCAGCUGAGGGACACUUAUGAAGUCCCAGGGCUAUGGGGAAGGCUUAGAACCAGGAUGCAAUUGUGGAAUUUGAGGAUGGCAUGGCCCAGAUCCCUCAGUUCCUAACCCCAGCUCUUAUGACAUGAUGUGAAGCCAAAGCUGCUGUUAUCAACAUUGUUUUUACAUACUCUAAAAAUAUCUCUUGUGAUUAUAUUGCACUGUACACUGUCCAGUUUCUUUUCCUUUCUCCUAACCCAAAAAUGUGCAAAAAUAAUGUAACUAGGAGGCAGCUAGGUGGCUCAAUGGAUAGAGAGAGCCAGAUUUGGGAGUCCUGGGUUCAAAUGGGACAUUAGACACUUCCUCCAUGUGUGACCUUGGGCAAGUCACUUAACCUCCAUUGCCUAGCCCUUACCACUCUUCUGCCCUGGAACCAAUACUUAGGGUCAGAAGGUAAGGGUUUUGUUUUUGUUUUUGUUUUUAGGGGAAAAAAGAGGGAACUAAGUUCACUACUGAGGAUAGGAAAAGAGGGAAUCUUCACAGACUCCCUUCGUGUGAAAUGAACAAUAUGUACAAUGUUUUGGGAAUGCUCUCAAUGACUACUGAAACAUUUCAAUAGGAGAGAUAACUCUGAAAAAGACAAGAGUAGUUACUAAGCACUUAUGUCUGUUCACUGUGAGUUUCUCAUCUCUGUUCCCUUAAGCAAUAUUUGUAUUAUGUCCAUGUGAGGGAUGGUGGUGGGGGCUGUGGUGUAUAUGUAUUUUGCUCUGCACUGAAUUAUUUUUGUAGUUAACAAGUUUUCCUAACAAGAUCACCUAAGCUGCAACACUGGUAUCUCAGCAAUACCUAUAUGCUGCAUUCUGAUUAUGAAAUAAAACUGUGACACUUGGAUAUCA